AUGCCGGGAAGAGACGACCUUAUUGCCAAGAUUCGCGACGCCACCAUUGGAGACGACCAUGCCACCUUUGGACCCUUCGGCCCACGCCGCAUCACCUACGCCGACACGGCAGCGUCUGGGCGCGCCGUGGCAUUCAUCGAGGACUUCAUACGCGGUCAAGUUCUUCCACACUACGCAAACACCCACAGCGAGGCUUCGGGAACGGCACGCCAGACGACAAAGUUUCGCGAGGACGCGCGAGCCAUUGUCGCGCGCGAAGUUGGGGCAGGCCCUGACGCAAGCGUCAUCUUUUGUGGCUCAGGCGCCACCGCAGCCAUAGCAAAAGUUAUCGGCUUGCUCGGUCUACGCGCUCCCGACGAUGGCUCGGCCACGUUGCCGACUGAGAAACGCCCCGUAAUCUUCAUCGGGCCGUACGAGCACCAUUCCAACGACAUUGCAUGGCGCGAGACUAUCGCGGAUGUCGUCGUCAUUGCGGAGGACAGUGUCGGCAGCAUUGAUGUCGCGGACCUGGAGAAGCGCCUCAAGGAGUACAAGAACCGGCCUGUCCGCAUCGGCUCAUUCUCCGCGGCGUCCAACGUCACGGGCAUCACGACCGACAUAGAGGCCAUUACGAUGGUUCUCCGAAGACACGGGGCGCUGAGCAUGUUCGACUAUGCUGGCUCGGGGUCGCACGUCCGCAUCACCCUCGGCCAGGCCGACGCACUGUUCAUUUCGCCUCACAAGUUCGCUGGCGGCGUCGGAACCUCCGGCAUCCUCGUGGCUCGCAACAGCCUUAUCCAGAACAGUGUUCCCGUCGUCGCUGGUGGCGGCACAGUUCUGUUUGUGUCACCCACAUUCCACGACUACAGUCGCCACAAGACUGAGCGCGAGGAGGGCGGGACGCCGGGUAUCGUCGAGAACAUCCGCACCGGUCUCGUCUUCCAGCUCAAACCAGCUGUCGGCUACGACCUGAUUCUGCAGCGCGAGGAGGACUUCCUUGAGCGCGCACUCGCAAGCUGGCGCCGCCACUCCAGUAUCGAGAUUCUCGGCCACCCGAACGCCAAGCGCACUGCAAUUAUCUCGUUUCGCAUCGCCUCACAGCACUCGGACCACCUCGCCACCACCAAACAAAGAGGAAAGAAGAGAUACCUGCACUACAAUUUUAUUGUUGCCCUUCUCAACGACCUAUUCGGAAUCCAGGCGAGGGGAGGAUGCUCCUGUGCCGGACCGUAUGGGCACCGGCUUCUCGAGAUCACUCCGACCCUCAGUGACAAGUACCGCCAGGCGUCGGUCAACGACGGCUUUAUGGGCAUCAAGCCGGGAUGGACCCGCGUGUCGCUCUACUACACACUCUCGGAGCGUGCGUUCAGGUACAUUGUGACGGCCGUUGAAAUGAUCGCAACACACGGCUGGCGCCUGCUACCGCAGUACAGCUUCGACCCCAAGUCUGGCAUGUGGACGCACCGUACGCCCGUGGCCCCACCGCUCAGCCUCGACACAAUAAAGUAUGAGGCCGGGCACAUGGUGUACGAGUCACGCUCCCAGCUCAUGCCGGAGUCGGAGCUCGACCGCCACCUGCACGAGGCGGCCCGCAUCUUUGGCGCCGCUGCCUCGUCGCCCCCUGGGGUCCCUGGCGCCCACGUCGCAAACGGCACCCACACGGCCGUCACAUCUGAGCUGUUCGAGGAGCUGCUGUGGUUCGACCUCCCCUCCGAGUGCCUGUGCCCCGAGACACCUGUGGCGGCGCACGACAGGCACGAGUCGGUUUCAUUGUCAAAGGCCACCACCACCCCACUCCCCUGGGCCGCGGGCGCGCUCCCCACGCCACCGCAAUCGCCGCCCCCGCUCCCCGCUGAUACGCCUCGCUCAUUCGACGCAGAGUUCGGCGCCGCCACUACCAGUGGCAGUAUGGAGGGGCCCACGAUCACGAGACGCACUCGGUCCCGGCCGUUGAUUGCCGGCCUUCAAAGCCUCCUUCGUAUCGCCCCGCCCAGCAAGCCCAUUCCGACCACGGCGCCCGUCCAGACUGGCGAGCAGCCCCGGAAGAGACCCCUCCUCGUCAAGGUCUUCAACGGGAAACCCGUGGCUUCACCAAAGCCGGCGACUUAA